ACUGUGUUUCAUUCAUCUUUCUCAUCUCAUUUCUGAAGCAUGGUAACAGACUUCACUCACUCAAUCACACUUCUCCCCUUCUCUCAAUCUUAUCUCCUCGCAAAUCAAAAUAAAUCAUGAGCUUCUCCCUGUUCUUGAUUUUUGCUCUUUUUUCGUUUUCUCCCGUAGUUUUGUCAGAUUCUUCGUUUACACCCGAGGCCAUCCCUCAGAUUUUCCUUAAUUUUGCCAAGAAAACUGAGGUUUCCGAUUGGAUGGUCGGGAUCAGGCGGAAGAUACAUGAAAAUCCCGAGUUGAUGUUCGAGGAAUUUGAUACCAGUAAGCUUAUCAGGGAGAAAUUGGAUGAACUGGGGAUUCCCUACAAGCACCCAUUUGCAGGAACUGGGGUUGUUGGAUUCGUUGGUUCGGGAAACCCCCCCUUUGUUGCUUUAAGAGCAGAUAUGGAUGCUCUGGCCAUGGAGGAAAUGGUGGAGUGGGAGCACAAGAGUAAGAACCCUGGGAAAAUGCAUGCUUGUGGACAUGAUGCACAUGUUGCUAUGCUUCUUGGUGGUGCGAAGAUUCUUCAGGAACAUACAAAUAUGUUGAAGGGGACAGUUUUGCUUGUUUUCCAACCAGCGGAGGAAGGAGGGGCCGGGGCUAAGCAAAUGAUGGAUGCUGGAGCGCUGGAAAAUGUCGAGGCAAUCUUUGGUAUGCAUGUGAAUCCUUUGUUACCUGUCGGUGAAGUGAGAUCCAGACCAGGGCCUCUCUUGGCUGGGGCUGGCAUUUUCGAAGCUGUAAUCAGUGGAAAAGGCGGUCAUGCUGCUAUUCCUCAGCACUCAAUAGACCCGGUUCUUGCAGCCUCAAACGUGAUAGUCAGCUUACAGCAUCUUGUUUCUCGGGAAGCUGACCCUUUAGACGCUCAGGUAGUUACAGUUUGUAAAUUUGAAGGAAGUGGUGCGUUUAACGUUAUCCCUGAUUCUGUCACCAUCGGUGGCACUUUCCGAGCCUUCUCAAUGGAGAGCUUAAUGCAUCUGAAGCAGCGUAUUGAGGAGGUAAUCGUAGGACAGGCCGCUGUUCAGAGGUGCAAUGCAACUGUUAAUUUUUUCGCAGAUGACAACCUGAUUAGCCCGCCAACCGUAAACAACAAAGACCUGCAUAAUCACUUUGAGAAAGUUGCAAGUGACAUGCUCGGAAGCUCCCACGUUCAAGCCAUGGAACCGCUUAUGGGGUCUGAAGAUUUCGCGUUUUAUCAGGAGACAAUGCCCGGUUACUUCUUCUUUCUCGGGGCAAAGGAUGACACGAACAUAAAACUCGCAUCAGCACACUCCCCCUACUUUAAGAUCAGCGAAGACGCCCUACCUUAUGGCGCUGCACUUGGUGCAUCAUUGGCAGUUAGGUAUGUUCUUGAAAACCAGCCAGAAGAUGCUUUACUGAAUAGAAGAAAUCACCAAGAAUUGUGAACCCAUGGUUGGUAACACCCAUCAAUGGAAAUCCCAUCUGCAUUUAUCUGUACUGGCAGUGGUUGAACAGUAUCAUGGCAGACAUCUCUGAUGUCUUUGUAAUAUUUUGUACAUUUAUGAUUUAUUACUCCUUAUACAUGUUUACAGGAUAAUCAUAUACAGUACCAAGUUCCUAUUUAAUUUAGUUAUUUACAUGAAUUAUUCUUUUA